AUGUCGCCUGUAGACGGGCUGUCUGAUGCCCAUGUCAUUCUGCUGGCCACGCAUCUCUGUGCGACGGGUGACACAGCUGCCUUAUCUGCUCUGAAGGCCUCCUUUCCUCAUUGCUUCCCACUAGAGCGCUUCCUACGCAUUAUCUUAACCUACCUCCCCGAGAGCACAGAACCCGGCGCAUACAUUCCACUUCUACAACAAUUGGCUGAGCCCAACGCAGCUGAGACUGGACUUUUUGACAUUGACAUCUCUGCUGUCAAAAAUUUGAGCGAGAAGACUGCGCGAAAACGGGUGCAAAAGCUCCGCCUUGCACCGUUGCUGCGUGAUGACGAGGAACAGGAGAUUCAGUCCGCAGAUCAGUUGACACAGUUCAUUAUCCAUCGAGCGCACUUGAUCGACACUGAGACUGCUCUUCAGUCUCUCAUUCUGAGCCUUGCUUUGCCGUUUUAUGAGAGUCGUCCCAUCCUUCGAACAUGGUUAAUCUCAAGCCUUCUUCCAGCCUUGCGACUGAACUACGAAUUCUAUCCAGAUCGUGACGAGACUAUAUCACUGGCAGUUCUGGAGUCGAUGGAUGAUCAGACUGCGGUUAAUGUGCUAUUAUCCAUCACAAGCUCCAAAGGCAACGAGAUGGACUUGGUCAACAAUCUGAGGGGGUUAAUCGGCCCGUGGCUGUAUGGGAGCAGUCGAGCCAAGAGACGCAGAUUGAACGAGAGUGCGUCUCAAAAUUCUGUUUCUUUCAUUCAGGGAACCUCCAAACCUGCUCUAGAUCACUUGGCUGGCUGGGAGUAUGUGAACGAGUGGUUGGUAUCUAGAAGCCUCACUGAUUACGGCAGUGUGGUUGGUGCCUUCACCCGGUGGAGAGGACCUACUGAUGUUGACUUGGGGGGCUAUGACGAUCCAGAAGCUCAAAUGUCGCUCGAAAAGAAGACAGAGCUUCUCAACCGCUAUGCUCAAGCUGGGCUAUCUGUAGUCUACGCGCAUGCAGACUCGUCACAACUUGCAUUGGAUCGGUCAACCCAGGUUGUAGAUCGAGUCGCAAGUCUCUUAGAACUCGAGCAGUUCUCUUACUUGAAUGCCAGUGAUACGUCCCUUCCGUCAAUUCACUUUGAUGCCGAUCAUAUAGCCUCGACAUCGCGGGCCUCGCUAUUCCAAAAUGCCCUUCUCACGCGAACCAACUUCUUGACCCAGCCAUCCAAACACUCAAUAGCUUUCUUGUCUGCCUUGCUGCUUUCUCUGAGAAUUAUGACACAACUUGGUCAUCUCGUGCCGUGCCGGACUGCAGCGACUAUGUGUUUGCAUGGCAGCGAAGAAGCUCAAAUGGCAGAGAUAAGAAGUGUCAUUUCAUCCGCUGUUAAGCAACCACGGAACAGAGAAAGCUGGCAAAUUGUCCGGCAGCAGCUUCUCUGGCUCCGGAAUUGGCAAGGACACCACUCUGAAAGCGAUGAAAAGCCGUAUAAUCCCCACCAUGGUUUAUUCUGGAAAAUUUCGCGAUACACGAUCGAGGUGGAAGUCUUGAAGGCUCUGCUAGAAGCCAAGGAAUAUCAACUGGUCAUGGACAUCUACCUUCGGCAAGGAUCACCUCUUAGUGCCGAACAAGUGGAGGCGACUGUGGUGCAGUCCAUAUUUACAGCUUAUGACAACGCAAGUAACGGCAACCGAAAUCGAGGUGGCAUGAGGAAAGCGAACGAUCUACUACAUGCAUUCGAGCCUCAUUUCGCAGCAUCCACACAUCUCAAGCAAAUCAAAGCGCUUAUCGCCGCCACGCAUGCCCUAUCUUAUUACUCUCUUACUUUACAGCACGGUGUUCCUUUCGAGCCCGUCAGCAUUCGCGUACAUCCCGACCCUCUUUGCCUGAUUGAAAAGGUGCUCGAACAAAACAAGAACAGUUACACUAAACUGGACGACCUUCUGUCAAUUGGUCGCAAUCUCGUCAAAGCCGGACUUCCAACAGGCACACCAUCAAGUGAUCAAGACUCCGAGCAAGCCCAGGUUUCAGAGGAAGAUGCACUCGUCACAGCUGAGCGGCGCAUCACCUCUCUCGCAAUAUCGUCCGCGCUCGCCUCCAGCGACUUUGGUACAGCAUAUUCAUAUAUUCUUACCCGACUAACACCCCCGUCCAUGUUGCCAACAUCCUCCCCUCUACUUUCUAGCCCCGCUCUUCCAGACGAUAUCUCCUGGCGAGCAGUGUACAAUGCAGGCCGUUUCCGCUCCGCAUCACCAACCCCAUCCGCUUCUCUGCAGUCCCAAAUCACUCAUCUAUCCCAACGGAUGGAGCUCCUCUCUCUUGCCCUGAUUCUUGUCCCUUCGCCAGACCCUCUCCCCGAGAUCCUCGGUGCCUGGCGCCGCUGCGACGAAGAAAUGACUUCGCUCCGCGCGCAAGAGCAACAAGAAGAAGAUGUCUGGGAUGCAAAAGGCGACAACCUGUCCACUGUCCCAGGCGGCUUUGGUCCCUCCGACUCCGAACGCGAUGCCUUUGAUACAGCCCAGCAACGCGCCGCUCGACGAGCACGCGCUCGCUCAGCACUGCCACGCAGCCACCCGCACGAGGCCCCCAUGGGAUUAUUCGAAGUUGCGCGCGGUGCGGCAAUGGCCCUGCAUAAGAAUGCUUUCCCUCUCCGCGGGAAUGCGGACGCAUCCCGACCGUCUGCCAGCGCAAGGUCCGACGAUGCCGACCGCUCCAUGUCGCCUGAUCAGGGCGAAGGCCGGGUCCGAAAGAGAGAUAUGGUGAGCAAUAUGGUCACGGGUGGAUUGGCAAGUGGUAUCGGAUGGGUUUUAGGCGCGGAUCCAGUCAAGAGGUAG